UCCCCAGGCGGCCCCGAGGAAAUGCGGAUGGUUCCGAGAAGGGUCGCCGCCGUUCUUUUCCUGAUGCAGGCGGCGGCGGCGGCGGCGAUCGCGUCGGUCGGGGCUCGGGAGAGCUCUGGAGACGGAGGAGCGCCGGCGGCGGCGGGGGGAUGCGCGGAGGCGGACAGGAUCGCUCUCCUGAGCUUCAAGGCCAAGAUCUCGAAGGACACUUCCGGGAACCUCGAUUCCUGGACGGGGACCAAUUGCUGCGAGGACUGGGAGGGGGUCCAGUGCGGCCCUUCGGGGAGGGUCACCGGGCUGAUGCUCCAGGGAUCGGUGGAGGACAGCGGCGUCUACAUGACGGGCACCCUGUCGCCUUCCCUGGGCGACUUGCGGUUCCUGGAGGUGCUGGCGAUCUCCGGGAUGAAGCACAUCACGGGGAUCAUCCCCGAGAGCCUCUUCAAGUUGCCCCGCCUCGCUCAGCUGGUCCUCGAGUACAAUUCCCUUGAAGGGGUCGUCCCCCCGGGCCUCGGCCAGUUGCCGUCGCUCCAGGCCCUUUCGCUGACGGGCAACCGGUUCCGGGGUCAGAUACCUCCGAGCUUGGGGAAUCUCAGGAAUGUGGGUCUGCUGAACUUGGCCAAGAACUUCCUUGCCGGUCCGAUACCGCCCAUCUUCGGAAACUUGCAGAGAUUGCAGUUUCUCGAUCUCAGCUUCAACUUGUUAUCGGGGUCGGUCCCGGAAUUCUCGGGGCUAUUUCCGAACCUUACCAAUCUUGACCUCUCUAACAACCAGCUGUCGGGCCAGAUACCGAUUUCAUUGCUUAGUUUGCGGAGCAUUUCGGCGCUGUCCUUGAGCCACAAUCUGCUCACGGGCAAAAUCCCAGACCAGAUUGGCAAUCUGAAAUCUCUUGCACAGCUUCAGUUGGCUGGCAACAGGAUCUCGGGGCCAAUACCGGCUUCCCUUUCGAAAUUGACGAAUCUCUGGUCGCUUAACUUGUCCAGGAAUGAGCUGUCCAACCCUUUACCUAGUUCCCUCAGCCAAGGAAUCCGGUCUCUGUCGACGGUCGAUCUUUCAUACAACAAUCUCGCUUUAGGGUCGAUUCCUGGUUGGAUCAUGAACAGGCCAUUGUAUGAUGUCCGCCUCGCCGGCUGCAAGCUCGGAGGAAACCUGCCUGUUUUCGCAAAACCAGAUUCCUUGAGCUACGUAGACCUAUCUGACAAUUCCUUCACAGGUGGUAUCUCUAGCUUUCUGGCGAAUAUUCCCAGUCUAAGUGAUGUUAAGCUGGGGAACAAUCAGCUCAGCUUUGACCUUUCGGGGAUCAAACUACCAGAUGGCCUGCACUCUCUCGAUCUUCACUCGAAUCGCCUAACAGGGUCACUCUCCGCAAUAUUAAGUAACAAGACAAGCAGCUCCUUGGAGGCUAUCGAUGUUACCAACAAUCAAUUAUCAGGCGCUAUUCCCGAAUUCGGAGAGGGUUCGAGCUUGAAGGUGCUCAACAUCGGAAGCAACCGAAUCACUGGCCAAAUCCCGGCUUCGAUCGCGAACCUGGUCGGGCUCGAAAGAUUGGAUAUUUCGAGGAACCGGAUAAGCGGGACCAUCCCUCCGGGGUUGGGUCAAUUGGGCAAUCUCCAGUGGCUCGACCUGUCUAUCAACGCGCUCACGGGAAGAAUCCCCAGUAGCUUCGUGGGGUUGAGGCUCGUUCACCAUGCAAAUUUCAGGGCGAACAGGCUAUGUGGACAGAUACCACAAGUGAGGCCUUUUAACAUCUUUCCGCCAGUGGCUUAUGCCCACAAUCUGUGCUUAUGUGGCAAGCCCCUGCCACCUUGUAGGAGAAUCAGCGAACCGGGCCAAUAAGAUGCUGACCGAAUUUGUCUGAUUAGAUCAAUGCUCACGCCAUGUGAGCAUACAUAUAUCCAUAUAGGAUCGGUAGAGGGAAGAAGGAUAGGUCAUUCUUCCAUUUUUUAAAUCGUUGUAACCACAGAAGUCAGCGAUCCAAUAAUUUCAUCUGUCUUCCUACUUGAACAUCUAUAAGAGAUAUCUAAUCUUUAUAAUAA